CUUUACGGUAGUUGUGACAAGGAAGUUAACUGUCUUCUGGCUGCAGUUUAUUUUGUAAAGUCAGGCGAUGUUUUCUAGCGGAAGGCAAACAAAAAACGAAAUCACCUUAGUUACGACAACUUAAAGACUAGCAUACACGCCAGCGGAAGGUACGACAACAACCGCCAUGCGCGAAAUAAUAACACAUUUCAAGCAGUUUUCAUUCCAAGCGCUAGCUAGCUAGCUACGAAGCUAGGCUAGGCUAGGCUAGGCUAACUUAGCCAGAAGCUAACGGAGCCAGUUCGUCAGCUUUCACCGCGCGGGGCAACAACAUGAUUUGAGUGCGACAGGUUAGGGUUAGAUUCGUCAAAUUUUCGAUGUGACAUCCUAACAGUUGGGUCUCGUUUCCAGACGCUGAGUCAUAGCUGGACUUCCGUCAUACACACACACACACACACACACACACACACACAACACACACACACACACCACACACAAAAUGUGGCUUCAGCAGAGACUAAAGGGACUGCCGGGUUUGUUGUCGAGCAGCUGGGCGAGAAGGGUCCUCAUAGGACUGCUGCUGUUCCUCAUCUUCUACUGGUACCUGGGGGCGGAAAGGAGGUGGAGGCUCUUCAGCGGCUCGGCCAUGCCCGGCGGGGCGGCGGGACAGUGCCUGCUGGCGGAGAUCCACAGGUGGAGGUCCCUCGUGGACAGAGGAGAGGGGAUAUACAGCACCCCCCAGGAGCAACUAGACACACCUUUUAUAUCAGGUAACGGCCAUAUCCUUAUUGACAUUGACUCUAACAAACUGUGGGUGGCGUCGUCUUCACAGCCCGGCUCGGCUCCGGUCCACCAGACGGAGUACUCCCCGAGAGUGGGCGUCCACCUGGAGGGGAAGCGUGUCGAGGUUCAGGCCACCAUGCUGUUGUUCCGGAAAGGAGCCGUGCUGUCGGUCCGCUGUGCCUUACCCGCCGGGCUGCAGUCGGCCCGGGAUUGCGUCACCAUCAGAGAGGAGUUUAUCGCGCACAGAAGCAGACCCAACGUCUAUCUCCAGCGAAUCCACGUAAACAACCCGUCUGACAAGGCCGUCAACUUGGACGUUUUUUACAGCAACCCCUCCUUCGGGGGCAAGUUCUCCUCCAGCGUGGAGAAACUGGAGGACCGAGAGAUAGUGCUCUCCUCCGGCCGAGUGCCCGUGGAGAAUAAUCGCAUUGUUCUAGUGGUCGUGGUCACCAAGAAGAUCAACGCCAGGAUCCAGGUUCCUGCUAAGUUAGAGCACAAAGACAACAUCUUGUCAGUGGUGUGGACGUCGGAGCCCAUCGAGCCCUCCAAGCUGGAGGAGACCUUCAGCGCCCUCAGAGACGGAGCCAAAAGAGAGCUGGGCGAGCUGCUGAGGGCCAACGUGGACGAGCUGGUUGUAGAUCACCAGCAGGCCUGGGUGGACCUCUUCAUUUCAGGCAUUGAAAUGCGGAAGAUCACAGACUCCCACACCCCGUCGAGCCGCACGGUGAACACCACCCUCUACUACAUCCUGUCCUCCUCCUGGGCUCCCCUGCUGGACCGGAGUCUCACGGGCGAGGAGCGCGUCCGCCUGGAGUCCAGCCUCAACUACGCCGACCACUGCUUCAGCGGCCACGCCACCAUGCACGCCGAGAACCUGUGGCCCGAGCGCGUGAGCAGCGCCGCCCAGAUCCUGCAGCUGGUCACGCUGUGGACCCUGACGCUGCAGAAGCGAGGCUGCAAGGCGCUGGUGGCGGCCGGCGCGCACGGCGCCGUGCAGGGCGCGGCGCUCAGCUUCGGCGGCCUCCAGUUCACCGAGAACCACCUGCAGUUCCAGGCCGACCCGGACGUGUUGCACAACAGCUACGCGCUGCGCGGCAUCCACUACAACCAGGACCUGAUCAGCCUGGCGGUGCUGCUGGACGCCGUGGGGAAGCCCUUCCUCCACGUGUCGGUGAAGCAGCAGGAGAAGCCGGUGAAGCUGUACGCCUGCGAGGCCGGCUGCCUCAACGAGCCCGUGGAGCUGACGUCGGAGACCAAGGGCCACACCUUCCCCGUGAUGGUGACGCAGCCCAUCACGCCGCUGCUGUACAUCUCCACGGACCUGCGCCACCUGCAGGACCUGCGCCACACGCUGCAUCUCAAGGCCAUCCUGGCCCACGAGGAGCACAUGGCCAACCGGUACCCGGGCCUGCCCUUCCUCUUCUGGUUCAGCGUGGCCUCGCUCAUAACGCUCUUCCACCUCUUCCUCUUCAAGCUCAUAUACAACGAGUACUGUGGCCCCGGGGCCAAGCCCCUCUUCAGGAGCAAGGUAUAAAACAGCGGGGGUGAAACCCACAACACGAAGGACUACACCGCAAACUGGUCUGCUCUGGUUUGGUUUUGACUUGUGCGUGUGGUGGCAAAGAUUUCCUCUCUCUCUCUCUCGCUCUCUCUCUGUGGGUUGGUUUUUGCUUUCCACCUUCUCUAAAUCUCACGUGCUACAUGUUUGGAGUGGGUUGGCAUAAUCCCGUGUCCCCCCCCCCACCUCUCACAAAGUGGUGAUUCUGCAGGUCUUUUGUUCCGUGCUGAAGGAGUUGAUAAAGAUUUCACGGCGACUGUUUCCUCUUAGACUUCCUCUACAUCGCUACGGUUUGGUUUUUUAACCCUUGUGUUGUCCUCCCGGGUCAAAAAGGGACAAGAAUUUGAUAUUUUCGUCCCCUUUUUCUGACUUUUUUUGAGUUUUCACGAACACCACCUUUCUAGUUUUACACUACUUUUUGGAAUUCAUGGUCAAUAACCCUCAUUUAUAUAGAAUUAUACCUAAUAUUUGAGUUAAAAAAGCAGAAAUUCUGAAUUAUUUAUGACUAAUAGUUAAGAUCAGAGGAAUCAAAGUGAUCAGUUGUAUUUGCAAAGAGCGUUGGAAGGAAUCCAGUCCAUUUUUUGUGGUAAUUUGGUUAAAAAGAAACUCAUAUUUCAGAUAUAGACAUUUUUUAAAGGGGGUCAGAUUUGACCUGAGGACAACAGGAGGGUUAAAGUAUUUGAGUUUUGAGCCAAAAGUGAGUCUCCGUGAGUGUUUCUAUCUCCAGUAGAAGAACUAAUCUCCAGUUAAACUCACACGCCCAAACCAAAAUAUCUCGUCAUCAUGAACAGGCGGCAGCGUGGAGACUCCGCCCAUUGCUGUUUGUUGCCAUGGUGACAUUAGUAGGUUUUAGUCUCGGAUAACGAGGAGUGACCGAUAAGACCCAAUUAGGCGAAGAAACUUUCGGCGUCGGUGUUACCGAAGGUCUCCGUUUUCAGCCGUUGGGACGGCAACACAACCACGCAGAUUCAUAACCGAAACAGGUCAGACGUGUUUCCACGUGUCUCCGGUUUAGGGAUCAACAGAUUUUAACAGAUUUUAACAGAUUAUUGGUAGUUAAUGAAACUCAUAUCUGUAACCGAUACGCAGUGAGAGUGAAAAUGAAAAUCUGGAAGUCAAAAUUAAGGUUUUGGAACGUUUCAAACUCCCAACAGAAAUCUUUUAUUUUAAUGCUUUCAGUAAUUAUUUAAUGAAUUAACAACAGGUGUGUGUGUGUGUGUGUGUGUGUGUGUGUGUGUGUGUGUGUGUGUGUGUGUGUGUGUGUGUGUGUGUGUGUGUGUGUUGUGUGUGUGUGUGUGUGUGUGUGUGUGUGUGUGUGUGUGUGUGUGUGUGUGUGUGUGUGUUGUGGUGGUGUGUGUGUGUGUGUGUGUGUGUGUGUGUGUGUGUGGGAUACAGAGCUGUAGCUGAGCCAAAGCAGAACACUUUUUAAUUAAUUAACUUUAUUGAUUAUCAGGCAAAUAAAACGCGAAUAUAAAUCAUCUGAAAACGGGACGAUAAUCAGCUAGUGCAAAUAAUUGGUCUAUCCUUUAGUGUGUGUGUGUGUGUGUGUGUUUUUAUUGGUAUUUAUUGUUUGUUUAUUUUAUAUUGUUAUUUUGUGUGUAUUGUAUAUAUGUGUGUGUGUAUGUAGGCCCUACUACAUGUAUGUAUGUGUUAUUGGUUUCUGUAUUGUUUGUUUAUUUCAUAUUGUUGUUGUUGGGUGUGUGUGUGUGUGUAUUGUGUAUAUAUGUGUGUAUGUAGGCCUUACUA